AGAAAAUAAAGUUGGCCACUGGGAGUCUGGGAGUAGAGCAUGCGGACCAUUGAAAGGCGACCCACAGGAAGACUCCGCCCACAUAUCUCCCCGCCAAACCCAAACAAAAGAUCAAAAUCAAAAACCUAAAAAAUGGGAAAUUUCAAAAUUCUAUGAUCCAAUCCUCCAAUUGCAUCCUUGACUUUGAUCAAUGCUUUCCUAACCACAAGUUCUAGAUACACUAUACACUCCACCUCACAAGUGUCCUCCCUUUCUAAGCUAAUCUCCACCUCUCAUUUUGCUAACCUGUUUGUGACCCACUUUCUCUCUCUAAGCCUUGUGCUACCCUGGGAAGAACUCAAGUUAAUCUCUUGAAAUUUGAGAUUACAACUAAGGAAUUUUGAUAGUUUUUGUUCUGGGUGAAGCUUACAGUGAUUCCUCAUUGAUGUUUAGAUAACGAAUUUAUCUUAUAUUGCGGAUAAUCGGCGAUGUGUGGGUUAAGAAGUGACUGCUGCUAUUUGGUUGUGGGAUUAUUGAGCUUUGAAGGUGAUAUUUACAACGAUGUUUGAGUGGGAAGGCGAAGAGCUUGCGAAUAUCAUAUGGGGAAAGACAGGUGAAAAUGAAGAUCACAUUGUGCCAUAUCCUGAUGAAACUUAUGAGAUAACUACAGAGUUAUAUGAGGAAAACAGAAAGGUGUCUCCAUUUAAUGCUACAAAACUGGAUCUUGAACACAAAGAUGAAAAGGCUCUAGUAGAUAGUAAUUUUGUUGAUUAUGGUUGGACAAAUGUGGGGAGCUUUGAUGAUCUUGAUAGAAUAUUAAGCAACAAUGACCUGGUGUAUGAAAACACAAACAUUUCAUCUAUGGAAUCUCCAAGUUUGCAUAUAAAAGAUGUAAACACAAAUUUGGAGCUAAUGGAAUGCAGUGAGGGUAAAAAUGGAAAGUCAGCUUCUUCAAAUAAUGCACAAAGAACCUCAUCCCUUGUUUAUCCGAAUGGUGAUGUCAAUGUUGCAAUGCCAGAUGAAAACGGAAUCGGAAUCGGAAUCGGAAAGCCACAUAUGGGCAAUAAAGGUGAAACAUGUGAUCCUUGGUUUUCUCUUGGAAAUCAAGGUAAAGAAUUUGAAAAAGGGUAUACACAACAUAUCAAAAUACCUUCUUCAAUGUCUAGAAAUCAAGAAACUGAAUACAAGAAAUCUCCUUGUGGUUAUAACAACAUAAUGGGAAAUCAGCAAUUUCAAUCUGGAAGCUCUUCUUUGAUGAUGCCUUUGAGUAUGAUGACACCUCAAGAAAAGAUUGAAAAACUAAGGAGGCGUCAACAAAUGAGGGCAUUGUUUGCUAUAUGUAAACAACAACAAGAGUUUAGACAAAAUUCAAGUUUCACAAGUUGUUCAAAUGAAAGCCAAAUUGAUGAAAGUUUGAGCACUCUUAUGAUGAACACAAGUUCAAGUUCAUUGGAAGAUGCCAUUUUACAUCAACUAGAAAAUGUUGUUUCAACGUUAGGCAUUCAAAUAAGGCUUUGUAUAAGAGAUAGUUUGUUUCGAUUGGCUCAAAAUGCAUUGGAGAGGAAAUAUGCAAUUAGUUCCAAUGAACAAGUGCCUAAUGUUGUCACUCAAGAAAGAUUAGGUGAAACAAAGAGCUCAGCAAGAAAGCCUGAUGGAGAGACAAAGACAAAUCCAAUAGACCGCAUUGUGGCUCAUUUGCUUUUUCAUAGGCCACCCGAGUUAUCUGGAGAACAUCUGCAGUCACAAGGCUGAGUAAAAUCCUUUCGGGCAUGAUUUUGUUGAAUAGUGGAAGCCUACACCUCAUUGAUUAUUUAAGUAUUGUAGAAUUCGACUUACUUCAAAAAGGUGUAUUUGUAUUUGUAUUUGUAUUUGUUGUGGAGGGGCGAAGCCACUUUACUUAAACUAUGAACUUGAUUUUUGUUACGCAUAUACCUCUUUUGCCAAUGUGUAACAUAGAAAAUACAUAAUAGUUUUUGUGAGUAUUAAAUAUUUGUUAGACAUAAUCGACUUGAU